GUUAACAGAAGAGGAUGCCACCCUUGUUUGCGGACUAUGUUAUAACAUGCGUUACCAUUAGCCUAUUUUCCAUUAAUGGCAUAUGUCCGCUUUUUCAAACUACUGUAUAGAGCAAAUCACACAUAAGAUAGCCGGUUUGGUUAUUCCCGCUGUGCAGAAUCCAAAGCACGGAAAUUGUUCGGUAGAGGAGGAAGAGAACAUCUUCAUACUCCACAAUGGACUCAGUGCUGAAUAUACUGAGAAAAUAUCUGGAAACCCUCACAGUAGCACAGUUCAAAAAGUUCAAGCACCAUUUGAAGGACUUGGGCACAAUCCCAUGGGGCAAUCUGGAGAAAAGUGACUCUGAUGACACAGUAGACCUAAUAGUACAAGCAUACACCAUAAAUCAUUCUGAUGGAGUCAUAUUGACGAUCCUGAAGAAGAUGAACCUGAACCAGCUAGCCAUGGACAUGGAAAAUGAACUGGAGGAACGCGGCUGUGGCUGUGACCCCAUGAAGCAGAGUGUGUCCAGUCUUCAGCCGGGGGAACAGGAACAGGAAGUGGAGGAGGGGAGUCAGAGGAAGAGGAGGAAAGAGUCUGACAUCUUCUGCGAUCUCCACAGACGAGAAGUCAAACUCUUCUGUCAAGAUGAUGGAGAGUUGGUUUGUUAUGAGUGCAUAAACUCAGAAAUACAUAAGAGUCACAACUUCAGACCCAUCAGUAAACAAGUGCUCGCCCUGAAGGAAGAGCUCAAGGUUAACAUGGAGCCCCUCAGGAAGCAGGUGAAGCUAUGCGAAGAAGCUAAAGUUAUUUGUGAACAAACAGCAACAUAUAUUAAGAGUCAGUUCAAACGCACAGAAAUGCUGUUGAAGGAGGAGUUUGAGAAGCUUCACCAGUUCCUGCGAGAUGAAGAGGAGGCCAGGACAGCAGCACUGAGGGAGGAGGAGACUUGGAAGAGUGAGAUGAUGAAGGAGAAGAUUGAGAAGAUGAGCAGAGAGAUCUCAUCUCUUUCAGACACAAUCAGAAUCAUAGAGGAGGAGAUGGGAGCUGAUGACGUCACAUUCCUGCUGAACUACAAGUGCACAGUGGAAAGAGCCCAGUGCACACUGCAGGAUCCAGAGAGGGUUUCAGGAGCUCUGAUCAAUGUGGCAAAGCACCUGGGCAACCUGAAGUUCAGAGUCUGGGAGAAGAUGCAGGAGACUGUUCAGUAUGCUCCUAUGACUCUGGAUCCCAACACUGCACACCCACAUCUCCUCCUGUCUGAGGAUCUGACCAGUGUGAGACGUGGUGAUGAGAGACAGCAGCUUCCUGAUAACCCAGAGAGAUUUGAUGAGUGGUCUUGUGUCCUGGGCUCUGAGGGCUUUAACUGCGGGACUCACUGCUGGGACGUGGAGGUUGGGGACAGUACGUGGUGGCUCCUGGGUAUGACAACAGAGUCCCUCCAGAGGAAGGGAGACUUCACCUCCAAGAGCGGAUGCUGCUACAUCUGGCAUGAAGAUGGCAAAUACGGAGCACGUUCUUCCCCACAGCUGCCCACUGUCCUCACAGUGCAGCAGAAACUCCAGAGGAUCAGAGUGCGGCUGGACUGGGACAGAGGAAAGCUGACAUUCUCUGACCCCAUCAACAACAGACACAUUCACACAAUCAAACACUCUUUUACUCAGAGAGUGUUUCCAUUCCUCGCCAAUGUCUGUAAACUCUCUGCUCUGAGGAUCUUACCCGUUUCUGUGAGGGUGGAUCAGAGCGAAUCAACCUGACACCGUCUGUGUCACAAAGAUGAACGACAGCAAACGCUUGUACACACAGGACCAAAGUAAUGAUUUAAAGACAGCAAAAUGUUUCUCACACUCUUAACGAUGCUUUUGGGUUAUUUGAGAUUCCGGUAUUAUAGAUGUGUAAUAGAUUGCUUUGUCUUAUUACAAAGUAUGUCCUACAUCUUUAUAGAUUAUUGUAAGGUCAUUCAGAACAGUCUCUGACGGUUGGUUAGCCUGCUAGGCACAUAAAGAUGACUGAUAUAAUGAUAUCUUUCUACAUCGUAUUGCUCUCCGUAGUAGGUUCAGCAAUGUCUCACUGCAGUUCAUAGCACACGUCCUAGAUGAGUUGGCCAAACUACCAGAUAUAUACUGCCAUCUGGUGGUGAUUAUUAUAAAAUAAAAAUACAUUUGGUGGGGUUGGAGGUGG